GCAACGACACAAAAACCAAAGUAAUUUCAACGCGUUUACACAAGUUGUGCUUUAAAUUUCUCGCCGCAGACUUUCACGAGAAUACGAUCGGAUAUUUAUUUCUUUUGCAGGCAUGCUUGACUGGUAUUGUGAGCGCGGAUCGGAGAUGAAAUCAAACUCGACGUAACAUUUGAGCCCGAAAUAGUUUCGCAGUUGAAGCCAAUAUUUUGGUCUGAGCUUGGCUGAAACUCAGCCAGAAAUUCGUGUUUAAACAGCAUCGAUUUUCCACGGAAAACAUGAGCCACGCGGAACCAGGUCCUCUCGCCUCCUACAACAGCCUCCAAGAUCCGCACUUGGGUGGAUUUUUCUCCAAUACCAGGAUGAAAAAGCAUCUCGAGAAAUCUGGACUGGUGACAAAGUCCGGCAAAGUUGUGAGCGAAAAAACUUACCGGCUAAAAAUGGCAAAGAAGGAACAUAAGGAUCACGUGAGAGAUCUCCUAGCAACCGCUAUUGUUCACAAAGCACUGGACAUGGAGAGAUCCAGGCAGCAUGAAUUGAGAAAGAGACUGGACGAUAUGUACAAGGUUGAGCUGGUCAGGAAGGUGAAAAGCGAUCGUGAGAAGAAAGGCGACGAAGAUGUUAUGUCGCUGCUUACGACGCGAGAGAAAGUGAGGAAACGACGAAGACCAAGAACAGCUCCUACAGGACACGUCCUUGCUCCGUCUGAGCUGGGAUACGAUGAAGAAAGAGGAAGACUUUAUUACAAUGUCGCUCCCUCCGACACGAGCACUGGGGAUGAGAUGAACUCCCUGAUAUCGGGCAACGGUUACAACCCGUAUUAUAAGCCGUAUCCACCCGCAACGUAUCCUAUGCCCGCACCUCCGCCCACGCGUUCUCCACGCGAGGGAUCGCGCUCCAGAUCUGCUCCGAGCAGUCACAAGAAAAGCAAGCUGAAACUUCACAGGUACACAUAUUUAGCUCACUCGGAACCAGCUAUUGCUCACAAAGUUCAGUUACAGUCCAUGGCGGAGGUGACGAUGAGGUUUUUAGGCCCAAAACUGCAGCUGAAGAAUGACAUGUUCCCAGACGAACGUCUCUGUGAAGUGAUGGUUCUACAGCAACACUGUGGAGGAAGCUCGCUGUGUGUUUUCAGAGAACUCCUGCCACCAAAUACGAUAUUUACGUUUAUCUCGCGGCGUCAUCGUGGAACGCCAUUUGGUCUUACCUUUUACAUCGACAGCAUGCAGGAUAUCCGUCUCAGUUCAUGCUGUGAAUAUAAACACAAACCAGGGCAUAUCCUGGGAGGAAAAAACGGACAUUUCCAGUUUGUUAAUGUUGAAGGAGCAGCCCCUUGUUAUCGCUGUCAAAUAGCAUUUUCAAUGAAAGAGAGAAAGUCUCAAAGUGGUAAAAGCAAAGUAAAAGACAGAAAAGAGAAAGAGUCUGAUGAUGGAAUGGCUGGAACAAGUCACGAGACCGCUGAACAGCAUCACCCAGGCGACGAUGAUGAGGGAAAUGACGUCACAGAAAGGUUUGAAGUCACUAUCACCCGGAAAAUGGAGAGCGAAGAUGACGACUCAGCUGUUAUGGUAGACACGACCACGCAGACGCCACGUGACGAUAGCGUGACGGAAAAUCACGACCCUAAGAGCACCGGUGAUCAUGAAGGUACAACAGGAGACACAGAGAAGCAGAAGGAGGAAGCGGAGGCUGGUGAGAGCACCAAAGACUCGGGGAUACAUCAGGAUGAAGAUGGAUAUGACGAAAGUUAUGCUGAUGAAGAGUUCGAGGAAGAUGAUGCCCAGUCCGUCGUCGAUAAAGAAAGUCCUAGAGAGGAAAAUAGGGAGGGAAAUGAGACAGAUGAAGUAGUGGAAAUACCACCAGAUGUUGACGAUGAUAAAGUCGAUGACGAAGACGAAGAAAUUGAAGAUGAAACUGAGGAAGGAACCAAGAAUGUUAUCGCAGUCGCAGCAUCAGAAGCCGACCAACCUGAAGAGGUACACAGCGAGGAUGAUAGCGGUGACGAGAAGGAGAAAAAGAAAGACAGUGAUAGUGAUUCCAGCUCAAGUUCCAGCGAUAGUGAAGAUAAUGACAGUGAAGAUGAGAAACCUGCUUCGAAAGUUGCGGAGAAAGUGGAUUCUGAUGUAGAAAGCAAGCAUUCCAAGACGUCUGAUCAGGAUUCCGAGAAAUCGGAUUCCAGGAGAAGUUCGAUCAAGGAUGAAACAGACCACACCUCUGACAACGAGUCCGUCUCGUACGGAACCACGUCUGAGACGGAUCUCGGAAACAAUUCGGUGGAAAAUUCUGCGACCGUUUCCAAGAACGAGCCAGAGACUAUUAAAGAGGAGAUUGAAACGUCGUCGAAUGCAAAGAAUGGUUCUGACGGCAGUAUUUCUCCGAAAUCUGUUGAAAGUGUAAAAGAAAGUGUUAAGGAUGAGAAUUCUGAUAAUGCGGAGUCUGAUCGGCAUUCUGAGAAAUCCGUUGAGUCUGAGAAAGAUUCUGAUUCCGAGAAGGAAGAUGAGGACGUUGACUCCGAUCGAAAAGUUUCGGAGUCUGAGAAAGAUACGGAUAAAGACGACGAUAAAGAUUCAGAUAACGAUCACGAAUCGGAGCCCGAUCGAAAAGGAUCGGGCACUGUUCGGAACUUGUCGGACUCUGAAAACCAGGCGGAGAAGAACGACGAUACUGGCAUCGAUCAGAAGAAAUCUCGAUCAGAAGAAGACCAAAUAUCAGAUAAAAAAGAUAAGAAGGGACCUGUUUCCGAGAACGAGUCCGAUUCCGAGAAAGGCAAGGAAUCCGGUUCCGAGAAAGGCAAGGAAUCCGGUUCCGAGAAAGACAAGGAAUCCAGUUCCGAAAAAGAUACGGAUAAAGACUCAGAUUCGGACUCUGAUUCUGACUCAGAUAAAGAUUCCUCGAGCGACUCCGAUGACGAUAGUUCCAAGAAAAGUAGCGGGAAGGAGUCGAGGAGCGGGUCGGACGCCGAGUCGGAGAAGAGCAGCAAGGGAUCACGUAGGUCAAGUAAGGAUAGUGCUGAUGACUCGAAAGGAUCGCGUAGGUCUAGUAAGGAUAGUGGAGCUGAAAGCAAGCCAAGACCUGAUUCUGCUGGCAGUGGAAUACUACGAGAUCCCAGCAAGACUCCAGACCUCUCCGAUGACGAGAGCAGACCCAAGAAGACUGUUUCUUUCAAUGAGGAAGUCAAAGUGUAUGUUGGUGUUGGGGAGACUGGUGAUGAGGAGGAUAUCGAGGGUGAUGCAGUACACGACGCUACAACUGGGGACGAUGAUGGGGAAUUAGAGGAGAGCCCUGAGACGGAGACUGUGGAUAAGGAGAGCGAUUUAGCUACACAGGGGGAUAAUGAGGGAGAGCAAGGCUCACUUGAGAAUACAGAAGUUCACAAAGAACCACAAGAAAACGAGAAAAAGGAUACAACCGUUGAACCUGGAAAAAAUGUAGAAGAGGUGGAAAUUCAACAGGCUUCUCCACCUAGUGGGAUAAGUGAGAGUAGUGAGGACACUGAGGGGUCACUUGGGAAGGAUGUGGACCUUGAAACAGGUGAAGAUGAAAAUGAAAGGAACAACGAAGGCGAUUCUGGUCUUACAGCUGAAAAUACCGAGAAAAUCGGUGAUGAAAAUAAGGAACAAGAGAAGUCUGGAAGUGGAAGUGAUCGUGAUGAGGUGGAUGCAGGCUCGAAGGAAGCUGCUGGCGAUGAAGAUGGAAACACCGCACAGUCCAGCCAAGAGAAGAGCAUAGUUUCUCUUGAGCCCAGUGACAGCGAGAGCAGUAGCAAGCAGGGUGAAUCUGAUAAAGAGUUGACCGAUACCGAUCAAGACCUGGACCCUGGAAAUGACCCUGACUCCGUGGGGAGUGGGGAGCCAAUCCCAGAGCGUGCCCUGAAAGCAGUGGGAACAAAACCUGGGGUGAAACAUGAGGGAUCUGUGAAAACGUUGAUCGAAGACCAGAAGGAUCUGGAAAUUGCGAGUGUUGCACUCAAUCCUGAACAGGUCGAAGAAGUGGCGUCGAUGGUUGAAAACAACUCGGAAGUUGGUUCGUUAACAUUACGUAAUGUUUCUCUGGGCGACGACGGUGUGAAGCAGCUGACCAACGUAUUGAAGACUAGUGCAAAUGUUAAGAUGCUGAAUCUGAAUGUAAACAACAUUGGACCAGAUGGUGCGGUUCAUGUUGCUGAAACCAUACGUCACAAUACCGCGAUGAAAAUGUUACUCCUUCAUGGCAACCCUUUGGGUGACCAAGGGGUGACGUCGAUUGUCGACGCCAUUCUUGGAAACGAGGCUUCGGCCUUGUCGACGCUGGACGUGGGUGACUGUGGGCUCGGUGACCUUGGCGCCACGCAAAUUGCGCGCCUUCUCGAGAAAAACAAUACAAUAUCCGAUCUAAAUAUAAGCGCCAAUCAAAUAACGGUUGACGGUUGGCGGGAAAUUUCGAAGGCUCUGAAAGUGAACACCAAACUUAGAGCGUUAAGUUUGGACUAUAAUAAAAUCAGCGACGAGGAUCUAGCGGUUCUUUCCGACGGAUUCCGACAUUCGGUGAGCCUGCGUUCGGUAGAUCUCGAAGCCAACCGAAUUCGCGACGAAGGCGGGCGACUACUUCUCGACGUUUUGCGUGAGAACGAAAAAAUUAUCGAUCUCACGCUUAUGCCCAUGAACACGAUCGACGAAGGCAUUCUCGAGGAAAUCAAAGAUCUUCUCGACAACAGAAUCUGUUCACGACCGAGCUCGGCAAACUCCGAGGAUACUUCAUCAUGACUGCGUGAGAACGUUGUCUGACAAAGCGUGCUCGCGUAAAGCGUGAUUGUGUGAUACUUUGUGUUGGAGAGUGUGUGACCUCGCGUGCUGAAACAACUCAUAUGAGAUUGUCUACGAAGUUCAAUUUUUUAAAUUUUCCCCUGUUAUUUAUUUCUUUGAUCCUUCUUCAAAUGAUGUUAUACAUAUCAAGCAUUUUAAAUUAUUUAAAUAUGUCUUUUGCCCUUGUUUUCUUGGAUGCGAUUUUUUUCCCAGAAAGAUGCGCAAACACGCGCACACAAAUAGGCUUAUUUAGAAAACGUUUAUUGCUGUCAUUCGUUGCACUACAAAAAUGAUUGACACACCAUUGAAAAAAAAACAAAGAAAAUUAUGUUUACAACAUGUUCACAAUUUUAGGAUCAUAGGCUAUGUUCUUCAUUCAAAGAAAUUUUAAACUACGAUAU